CAUCACGCAAGCCCGGGGAUGAGGAGGCCGCACUGGGCCCUUCCCCGCGGGUCCAGGCCGCACCGGCGGGGCUCCCGCGGCCUUCGGCGGGGCAGCCGCGGUCCCGGGCGGAGGGCAGGGCGGGGAGGUGCGGGCGGUGUUCGAGGCGGAGCUCGGGGGAGCCUGGCUGGCUGCUGCAGGCGGAGGGCGGGCAGGGAGAGAGCCGCCCUCCCCUCUUCUCCUCCCGCCGGCCGGCGAGCAGCCCGCAGAGGGACGCGGGCUCCCGCAUAAAAAAUGGCAUUUCAGAAGGCAGUGAAAGGAACUGCUCUCAUUGGAGGAGGUGCCAUAGCAACAGUUUUUGGCCUCUCUCAAUUUUCUCAGUAUAGAAACAAACACGGUGCCUUGGUGCAGGUUCAAGCUGCAGAAGGUGCUCCAGUAAGGAAGGACCAUCUCCCCACAAGAGAGCAGCAGAUUCUGGCCCUGCAAACCAGCGGUGAAUUUGAUGUCCUUGUCAUCGGCGGGGGAGCCACGGGCUGUGGCUGUGCUCUGGAUGCGGCCACCAGAGGACUAAAAACAGCCCUUCUAGAAAGAGAUGAUUUCUCAUCGGGGACCAGCAGCAGGAGCACUAAAUUGAUCCAUGGUGGAGUGAGGUACCUCCAGAAGGCCAUCAUGAAGUUGGAUUUCGAGCAGUACAGGAUGGUGAAGGAGGCUCUGGAGGAGCGUGCACACCUGCUGCAGAGCGCGCCCCACCUCUCGGCCCCACUGCCCAUCAUGCUCCCCAUCUACAAGUGGUGGCAGCUGCCGUACUACUGGGUUGGGAUAAAGCUGUAUGACCUGGUGGCAGGCAGCCAGUGCCUGAAGAGCAGCUAUGUCCUCACCAAGUCCCGGGCCCUGGAGCUGUUCCCCAUGCUGCGCAAGGACAAGCUGGUUGGAGCCAUUGUCUACUACGAUGGACAGCACAACGACGCGCGGAUGAACCUGGCCAUCGCCCUGACCGCCGCCCGCUACGGCGCUGCCACCGCCAAUUACGCCGAGGUGCGGCACCUGCUCAAGACCACGGACACGGGCAGCGGGCGGCAGCGCGUCUGCGGGGUGCGCUGCAGGGACGUGCUCACGGGGAAGGAAUUUGAUGUCAGAGCCAAGUGUGUUAUCAAUGCUACGGGACCUUUCACAGACUCGGUGCGCAAAAUGGAUGAUCAGAAAGUGCCCAACAUCUGUCAGCCCAGCGCAGGCGUGCACAUCGUGAUGCCUGGUUAUUACAGCCCUGACAACAUGGGGCUGCUGGACCCGGCCACCAGCGAUGGCAGAGUGAUCUUCUUCCUGCCCUGGGAGAAGAUGACGAUCGCAGGGACCACGGACAGCCCCACGGAUGUCACCUCGCACCCCAUCCCCACCGAGGAGGACAUCAACUUCAUCCUGAGCGAAGUGCGCAACUACCUGGGCGCAGACGUGGAAGUGAGAAGAGGCGAUGUGCUGGCAGCCUGGAGUGGCAUCCGGCCCCUGGUCACCAACCCCGACUCCAAGGACACCCAGUCCAUAUCCCGGAACCACGUCGUGACCGUCAGCGACAGCGGCCUCAUCACCAUUGCAGGUGGGAAGUGGACAACCUACCGUGCCAUGGCACGGGACACCAUCGAUGCAGCCAUCCAGGAGCACAACCUGAGGGCAGGCUCCUGUAAAACCAUGGGGCUGCAGCUGGAGGGGGCUCAGGACUGGAGCCCCACGCUCUACAUCAGACUGGUGCAAGACUACGGGCUGGAAAGCGAGGUGGCUCAGCACCUGGCUUCCACCUAUGGGGACAAGGCUUUUGAGGUGGCCAAAAUAGCCCAGGUGACCGGGAAGAGGUGGCCUAUUGUUGGGAAACGUCUGGUGUCUGAAUUUCCUUACAUUGAAGCUGAGGUCGUGUACGGGGUGAAGGAGUACGCGCGCACUGCCGUGGACAUGAUCUCCCGGCGCACUCGCCUGGCCUUCCUGAACGUGCAGGCUGCCGAGGAGGCCCUGCCCAGGAUCGUGGACAUCAUGGCCAAGGAGCUCAACUGGUGUGAGCAGAAGAAGAAGGAACAGCUUGAAACCGCUAAAACAUUUCUGUAUUAUGAAAUGGGCUACAAAGUCAAAACAGAUCAAUUAACAGACAGGUCUGAGAUCAGUCUAGUGCCUUCAGACAUUGAGAGGUACAAGAAGCGGUUCCGCAUGUUUGACAAGGACAAGAAGGGCUUCAUAACGAUCCUGGACGUGCAGCGUGUGCUGGAGAGCAUCAGCGUGCAGAUGGACGAGAACACCCUCCACGAGAUCCUCAACGAGGUGGAUCUCAACAAAAACGGGCAGGUGGAGCUCAACGAGUUCCUGCAGCUGAUGAGUGCCAUCCAGAAGGGCCGCGUGUCGGGCAGCAGGCUGGCCGUGCUGAUGAAGAGCGCCGAGGAGAACCUGCGGCGCCGCGAGGCCAUCCCGGUGGAUCGGAGCGGAGGGGGGCUCUGAGCUCACACCACGGGGCUGCCAGAACAUUCCAGGGCUUCUGAUCCUCCUGGCCCAGCCCGGGGCACGGCACCUGGCCCUUGCUGCAGCUCCCACAAAAGACGUUGGUGCGUUUGUGUUGUCAUUAAUGAUUUCCUUACUACUCCGGUACGUGGCCUUGGGGUGGGGGUCCUGCAGUCCCAGGGUGUCCUCGCAAGAGUUCAGGAAUGCAGGCUGGGAGGAUUUGGGUGCACACUCAGGCACAUCCUGCCUUGGCCAUUAAUGUUUGCAUCACCUUUACCUUUAGAGCACACGAUGCUCAAAGUGAAUCCUGCCCUUAAACACGUUGAGUUCUGCAAAUAUAAAAUCUCAAAGCUGCUUCUGCCUCUUCAGCAAGGAGCAAGAGAGGGAAAGCUGGUGUUCUGGAGUAGAGAUACCAUCCCCGAGGAACAAACCUGGCACUUCCUGGGGGGGUGGUGGUGGAGACCUGUCCUGAGCCUUCUGUGGGUGAUAGGUUUGCCCUGUUAUUCCAGUGGUGCCAGUACUUGGCCACUCGAAAAUUCCAGCUGGAAAACAAGACACUUGGAUUAAUCACCCGAGGAAUAAUGUAGCUGAAAGCUGGGAACAGCUUCCCUUCUCUGCUGUUAACACAAAUAAACUGCCUCUAAUAAAUGGCAUUGUCUGCAGGUGGUGCUUUGUGCUGUGAAAUAAAGGCAAAAGGUGUUUGUGCUGAAAAGUGCUUCAAGUUUGGGGCAAACGCUGAUGCUGUGUAGGAUGGCGCAGGUUUUGGUAGCACAACAGUCUUAAAUGUUAAUUUUAGAAUGCUCAAACACAGUGGAAAAAAUGAAGCAUGUCUUGCAUCCUACUAACUUUUCUAGGAAAAAAGGGCUGUUUUUCAGCAGGUUAAAUGGAAAAACCAAAGCAUGGAGCCCUCACUGGAGCUGUUUCCAGCGCUGCUGUACCUGCCUGUUGUCCUCCUGCUGCUGGAUUGGGCUGAGAUCAGGUGGGAGAUUUCUGCCUGAUGUAGAACAAGGCAGGGAAAACCUGGUUUACUGCUGGAUUUGGCAUCUGCUGUAUUCCCUGAGCAGAGCAAUUUCCACCUUACACCAAGCUUCACUUUCCAGGGGUCAGAAUUUCUGCUGAAGUAAAAUUUCAUGUAUUUAACUGGUAUCACCACGUUCACUGAUGGAAAAUUAACGGGGCAGGAGUGAACAGCAAGGAUUCCUUGGAUAUUUUAACAGGGAAAAUGGUUCCAGGUACAAAUGGAGAUGCUGAGGAGUGGUGGGAUGUAGCGCAGUGAGUGCAGAUGUUGUGUUUGGCUGGAGAAGCAGAGCCCUUGAAAAAAAAAAUUAAACAUUCAGGUGUUGAAAAACAGUAGAUACAAAAGAAAAAGAAAAGGGCAAGACUCACCUAAAAUGAGUUCCUAACGUGGUUCAGAUGGUUUUUGCAUGUUCAGCUCGUUUUUUGAUGCGGAUUUUGCUCAGGUUCUGCUUUGUGCUUGGAGCAGGGGCUGAGGGAGGGGGAGUUGGCAGAUCUGACACCACAAGGAUGUUUUAAUGAACAAAGGGGUUUGUUCCUAUGCUCCUGGAGACUUUCCCUUUUGAGCUGUGUUCCAGAAUGUUCAGGUGAAGGAUGGAAUGUCUGUGUUUCCAAACCCACAGUAACAGACUUCACAUACCCUGCAGAGUGGAGGGAAAUGAAUGUAAAACACGCAGUAAUUUUGGCUCAGUGAGCAAGGGAAGGGGUUCAGGAUUCCACUAUUAAUGAAAGUUUAAGGGGAGAAAAAACAAAGCAAAAGUCAUGAGACCUUUUCCAGGCCAUGUGAAGAAAAAAUAUUUCCAAUAUUGGACAGGUUUUUUGUAAGGGAAAAAUAUUUUCAGUAUUGAACAGCUUUUGUAUAGUUUAAAGGGAAAUUCUCCUCCACUCCUCUCUAACUGGCAUUGUUCAAUUAAAAGCAGGAUUUCGUGCUGUACCCAAAGUAUACUCUUUGUUCUUUUGUUUUGCUAGUCUUGCAUCUGGAAUGUGACUCUGGGGUUCUCCUGGCUGUGUGUGUCCCUGGACAUGGAUUUGCUUUGCAUCUCAGGCACUUUAUGUCGCCUCCUGCUCCCCUGCACGGCACAGCCAGGCCUGCAGUGACAGGGACAAUUGCAUGUGUUCCCCCAGCAGCUGAAUCUGUACAUGGAAAGCUCCCAAGUGUUUAUUUAUCCCCUCAUUCUGUCUGCAGGAAUGUUCGCUUUGUUGUUUGGGGGUUUUUAUGUGAAUGUGCUGUGGGAAGAGUUGUACGAUGUCACUGCCUUGCUGUGCUGAUCUGGGAUGGAACAGCAGGAAUGGGAUUCUUUUUUGUUUUUUCUUUUUUUGUUUUUGUGAGGUGAAAGAUUUCUGGACUUUCUGUGGGUGUUUUGUGUUCUAAAUAACCUGCCCAUGUGGGGGGGAUCCAUGCAGUGUCUGGGUGUGUGUAAAUACGUGUAUAGAUGCACUGCGGGUUUACACGUGGCACUUGGGUCUGUUGUCAGGUUCCUGUUGCAGCCUGGGCUGUUCAAUGCUGUGUUUGAGGCUGGGUUGUCAUUUUUAUAACUGUCUUGGUGUUUUCCUGCCAUUAUUUAUUACCUUUGAUAUCUGGAAUGAGCCGCAUGCGUUUAUUGAGCAAUAAGAGGAUGUAUUUAAUGUGCCUUGUUUUUAACUGAGUAAGGACUGAAAGCAUGAAUCAAUAAAACUGGUUAAAAACGCUC